AUGCCCUCCCAGGCGAUUCGCUUGCGCCUCGUCGUUCGUCGACACGCCGUCCCUGAGGUCAAGCUCGUCUGGCCCUGCGUCGCAUCUGAUGACCUCACUGUUUCCAAGCUCCUCGCGCAGGUCAACGAGGUGAUUCCGCUCGAGAGCGGAGAUUGGGGACUCGAGGACUAUGCUGUAGAGCUUGCCGACGACAAGGGAGAUAGCUUUGAGCUGCUGCAUUUCCAACAGGUUGGCAAGGUCUUGAAGGCAGACGACCAAGUCUUGAUCCGAUCACUCCUCACAGAUGACUUGCGACGACGGAGACUUAGCGGACGACACCAGAUAUCUGAGGAUGGCAAGCACCUUAUUGACGGCCUUGCUUUUGGGAGGCCGUGGCUGAGGCAACCGCGAGAUCGACCAUCCCUUGACCUACCCCCACGAAAACGAGCCAGAAUCACACACGAAGAAGAACUCGACGAACAAGACGAUUCAUACACGGACGAGGAAGACCAGUCGGAACAGCUUUUACUUGAGGAUUCCGAGUCCCAUGCCGUGGAUGAACCAGGCAGUGUCACUGUGCGCGCGAGGUUCAUAGACAUUGACCCGACUGUCGACUUUGGAGAGGACGAGAUCGAUAAUGACGAUAGAGACUUCAUUCCGACUCGGGAUGUCGAGGCGGAGCCUGCCAUGGACGACGAAGUUGACGAUAUGAGUGAUGAAGAGGAGCCGGACGUGGAUCUCACUGAGGAGUUGAGACUGCUACAAGAGGACAAUGCUCUGGUCGAGCAAACGCCGCCGGUAGAACAGCACGCUCUACUGUCCAGCAACAACAACAGUCAAGAUCCACAAGCCCUUCUUCCAGCUUAUACCUUUGAUCUCUCGCUUCUCGACAAGAUCACAGCACUGCGGGCAGCAUUCCCUUUGACAUCGAUAUCCACGAUACAAUCUGAACUGCUUCGACACGAGAAGGAUCUGCGGACAACAUUCCAGGCCCUCGCCAAAUCGAAUGAGCCAACACUCAGUUUCGAUGAAGUUAUGGACCGCGCUCUGCUCGGUAUCAAUGACGGCGAUGAUCAGUCAGGGAUUCUGGGACAGGAAAGCCCAAGACUGGGAGACUUUGGCACCGCGGAACUCCAAUUUCCUGGACGCCCGGAGCCCGUGAACCCAACACGCCCAUUGAUUGAGGAGGUGGAGUUUGCAGAGGACCCUGUUCCGAACCUGGUCAGUCGGGUAGAGAGUGAGCCACGAACAGCGCCGCUGAUCACUGUGGUGGAAGAGAGGGCCUCGAGCGACACCAGCAGCUCCAGUUCCAGCUCGGACUCGGACUCAGAUUCGGAAUCAGACUCAGAUGAUGGUUCCAAAGAUGACUCUGACUCUGAUGACUCCCGCAAUAGCUCACAGGCAGACUCGAGCUCUGGUAGCGAUUCUGACAGUGACUCCGACAGCGACUCUGAUAGUGACGAUGGCAAGGUUGCUGUUGCUGUGGACAAGUCAAGCUCAGAUGGCUCCGAUGCCAGCAGUGAUAGCUCCAGCAGUGAUAGCUCCAGCAGCAGCGAUUCUAGUUCAAGCGAAGACUCGGAUUCAGAUUCUGAACCUGAAGAGAUAUCUUCAAAAGCAAAGGCCAAGAGAUCACCACCCCAAGCACCCCAGCCUUCUGCGCCUCAACUAAUCGUCGAAGUCAAGGCUGCUGACACUCUCUCACAAUCCACCGAAGGGCCUGCCGCCCCCGGCGCUGGCCUGUCAAGGACAAAGAAGAGGAACGCGAGAAGGCGCGAGACCAAGCGUCUCAAGGCACUUCAGGCCCUAGCAGAUACACCGUCUCAACCUUCUGUCAAUGGGGAUGUCAAUGAAGAAGCCGAGCUUAUGGCACGAAAGCGAGCGCUUCUCAGCGUUGUUAGUGAUGACCAUGCAGAUCAGGCCUCAGCACCCUCCACAGAAAAGCCCACCAAUGAGACCAAGGUUACGGAACCUGCAGCACCGAUGGAUGAGACAUCAGCAGCGGCGGUCGCUGAAGAGGCAGUUUCAAGCGCAGAACCCAAGGCCUCGUCACGUCGCCUUAAGGUCGACAUGGGAGCUGGACGGAGACUCCUGUUUGGUGCCCUUGGACUGAAGAACCCCAAGUCGAAGGCUGAGGAAGACAAGCUUCGAAAGAAUCUCAUGAAGGAUGCGAGGCCUUUGGAAAACCCUCGGGUGCAGAGCAAGGAGACAACAAAGAACGACGCUCUUGCUGAACCAGAGCAGCCAGAUGAAGACCCCGACGCGUGGCGAGAGAAGAUCUCGUAUCGCGCUGUUGAAUGCUGCCAUGAAGGCAUGGUGUUGAGCGAACCGCCGUUUCCGUUCGUACAGCGAUGGGAUCCUCAGCAGCAGUACGGAUCUAUGAGGAAGAGGAAGAGAACAUCGCAGAACUUUUACGACGAGAGCUACUACGACGAGAAUGACCAGGCGUACGGCGACGAAGCAGAGUGGAAUGAUGACAGUCAGCAGAAGAAAAAGAAGAAGAAGAAGUCAAAGAAGGGAAAGUCGAAGGAAAGUAGCUACGACGAGGAUGAAUAUCUCGACAGCCACUUCGACGCUGGACAGGAGAGUGCCGAUGCGGACGUGGUGCUGAACUAUGAUGACGCACCAGCUAAAGGCAACCUUGAAAGCAGCCAGUUCACGGACAUGGAUGAUCUCCCGUCAUUGCCGUCAGACACCACUACUCUUCCCAGUCUCGACUUUUCGGAAGUCAAGCCUGGUAUGGUCAUUACGUGGAAACAGUUGCUUCUAUCCAAGGCAACCAACUGGCAGCCCGAAAUCUUGCCCGUAACGGGAAUGGUUCUUUCGGUUGACGCGGACAACACCCUUCAUGUCCUGCUGGCGAAAAGAGACCGUGAACAGAAUGACAAAGAGUAUGACCAACAUACAGGCAAGCGGGUGUAUGCCAAGUUUGAAGCACCAGACUUGGAUGAGGACGAAGACGAAGAGGAUGAUGGACGGAGGGAGAUUUCCUGGGCAGAAAUGAGUGACCCAAGAAUGGUCCAGCAGGCGCCAUCGCCAAGCACGCUGGAGACAUCGACCGACGGCGCAGAACUCGCAACCGAAAAGCAGCAACCUGCACAAAACGGGGAUUCGGUGGAGGACAACAAGGUUAGCGAGAGACAAGAUCACGAUGGAACUAAAACUGAGGAAUUAGGUGCACAGGAAGUGAGAGCCGAGGUGGAGGCCGAUCUAAGGGAACGGGCAGCAGCCAAAGCUGCUGAAGGCGACAAUUCAACCUCGAUCCCUUCUGGCCAGGCGCUUCCGCGGCUCGAGCUAACGACGCCCGGAGACGACACACCAAUCAGCAGCCUGGUCCGAAAUGCAGACACGCCGAGCGACAUGGCUAACAGCCCUUCACGGCAGUUGCAGGAAACGUUACACGCGGCCAUAGCACGCGAGGAGCACCCUCUGUCCCACGAUGCAGAGGGUGUUACAGUAGGGGAAGUGGAGAAGAAGGUGGAUGAGACAGGGGAUGUAGAAGAUGUUGCAGAUGUCGACAUGGAGUCGAGUGCUGGAGUUGAAGGGACCGAGUUGGAUGCUAUCAUUCCGGAUAGCAUAGCAUCUCCGGAACUUCCACCACUUCCUUCAAAGAACAUAAGACCCAUUGAUCACCGAACUUUGGCGGUACCUUCGUCCGUUGGUAGCAUCCGCAGUGGACGACAGCCGCCUUCGAUCAACGGGCUCGAAGAUCUCCCAGAGGAGCGUGUUGAAGACUCGGUGGUUGCUGAAACGAUACAGCUGCCUCACAACAAAUCACAUAGCCCUCGCCCAUCUCUGAGAAGCAGCAGCCCGUUUCCUUCAUUGGAAGAGAUCUUCCAUACAGCUGCCACGUCAAGACAGACACAAAGCCCAGCGAGAUGGACACAACAGUCAGUGCUACAGUCAUUGAGGCCUGGCAAGGGGGACUUGGAGUAUGAAGAGGCGAUGCGGAAGCUCGAUGAGGGCGAGGACGACUCUGACCGGUCACCAGAUCGCAACAAGUCCCUCCGCAGCUUGUUCCCGAAUGCAACACAGCCGGAACCUUCAAAGAAUUCGUCGUCGCUUCAGCCGGCCAAGGUUGAGGCGCCGGUCAAGGCUGAGCGCCCUACAACACCACCAACAUCACAGAGAGUCAAGCGAGAGUCACCAUUUGUGAUUCCGGAAGGCAGCCAGGUUGUCGAGCUGAGCUCCAGCCCGCCAUCUGUGCAGUUUGUUGAACACUACGCUGAUGACAGCGUGGAUGGGACUUACCAAGAUAAUUCAAUGCCCCAAGGCUCGGGCUGGGUUCAAAAGAACUUCAUGACGCGAAGUCGAGGGAAGAGUGUCCCUGCAGCAGCUGCAUCGGCAAGCAACAGCACGGGUUCGCAAACUCGGCCUGCUCGGGGACGGACAUCAUUGCCACCGGCUCGGGAUGUGACGGCGAGUGCCUAUAGCCAGAUCAAAGGACGAAGAAGGACGACCCGUAAAUUCUAA